CUUGGUUUCUCCUGUAAGGCUGUGGAAAUGACACCCAUAGUGCAUCUGCUGUUGCUCGGGUCCCUACUUUGCAUUGCUGCAGGGAAAGACCUGGAGGAGAAGAAGGGCCCGUUUGUGGAUGUUCAGUUAGACGUGACAGAGGCAACGCCAGUGCCCUAUCCAGUAUAUCAGUUUCUGGUACCUGAAGGCGCUAAUAGUUUCAAGCUGAAUGGAGAAGGCACAGACAUUUUUAGAAUGUCAAAGGAUGGCUGGCUUUACCUGGAGAAACCUCUGGACUGGUCUCAAGCAACCCACUACGCAUUCAAUGUGGAGGCGGUGGCAGAUGAAGAUCUAGUGGAUGGGCCAAUACUUGUGUCCAUAAAUGUUUUGGACGUAAACAACAACGCUCCACGUUUCAACCAGAGCAUUUACACGGCUACGAUUCUGGAAAACAGAUCACCAGUCUUCCCCUUCAUCCGGGUUUUUGCUUCUGACCGUGACGACCCAGAGACUCCGAACGCUCAGCUGCGCUACAGCCUGGUCAGCCAGAUCCCCAGCCACAAAAACACCUUCUUGUUUCAGAUCGACCCAGACACUGGAGACAUUUCCACCACACCAGAGGGAGAAGAGAUGCUGAAGGCCAGUGAAGGAAUCCAAUAUGCCAGAGGAGAAGAUCAGAGCAUUGAUUCCCUAAAGGCAAAGUUCAACGACUAUUGCACGGUGCAGGACAUCCCAUAUGAGGAAAACCCAUUCUUCACCUGUGUGGAGAGACAAGAGAUUAAGAGGCGUAAUUUGGACCCGCUGGAGGACCCCGACUACACCCUAUUUAUCCGUGUGGAGGACAUGGGCGGAGCCACAGAGACAGCUCUGAGUGGAACUGCCAGAGUUCACAUUGCUGUGCUGCCCAACCUGUGGCGCAACCCCGGGCAAAUAACUAUUGCGGAGAAUUUAAAAGUAGAUUAUCCCCAUGUCAUUGCAAAGGUCCAGUCUAAUGAUCCCAAUGCCAUCUACACAUUAGUGCAGAAGGAGCGAGAGCUGCGCUUCCCCUUCCAGAUCACAGAAAAUGGAGAGAUACUGGUGACAGAGGAGCUGGAUAGAGAAGACAAAGAGAUGUACAUCUUAGUUGUGUUUGCAAAAGACAACAGUGACAAAACUGUGGAUCCACCCAUGGAGAUUCCUGUUUUGGUGUUGGAUAAGAAUGACAACCAGCCAAUGUGUUCAGAGGGGGAUACUUUACUGGAGGUGCAGGAGAACGAGCCGAUAGGCAGCUUCAUUGGACGGGUAUCUGCCCGUGAUGACGAUAAAGAAGGAACUUUGAAUUCUAAGCUGACUUACACCCUCAGGACAGAAGAUCCAUCCAUCCUUAGCACCUUCUCUAUCGACGAAAACUCUGGAGAUAUCCAGGCCCUGCGCUUACUUCAGAGAAGAGAGGGGAAAGUUUACAACCUGGAAGUCAGUGUCAGUGAUGCAGAUUUCACCACAAACUGCAAGGUGACCAUCAAUGUGAUCGACGUGAACAACGAGCUCCCUCUUUUUGAAAAGACCCACUACGGUAACCACUCUCUAACUGAGGACGCUGAGGUGGGCAAAACGGUGAUGACCAUCAGAGCCACUGACGCAGACGAGCCAGAUUCCGGCAGCUCCUACAUCCUGUUCAACAUCUCCAAAGGAAACGACGGAGAUGUAUUUGAUGUGCAAACUGAUGGCCAAGGAGUCGGUUAUGUUGUCAUUGCAAAGCCCCUGGACUUUGAGUCCCUUCAUACCUACAACCUCCAGAUUGAUGCGCGCAACAAAGAGCCCCUGAUGGAGGGUCUGCAUUACGGCAGCGACUCCACAGCCACCCUGACCCUGUCCAUCACAGAUGUGGACGAAGCCCCAGAGUUCAGCCUCGACGUCCUGGACGUGGCAGUUCCUGAAAACUUUACUAAGGGAUCAGUGCUGUAUGCAGUGAAGGCAAAGGACCCAGAGGGGAAGGAGAUCGGGUUCAAGCUGGAUGGCGAUGCUCAGGGCUGGCUAGAGAUUGACGCUGCCUCCGGAGAGAUCAGGACCAAAGAAAAGCUGGACAGAGAGAAAGUGGAGACCUUUGAUCUCACUGUCACUGCUUUUGAGAAAGAUAACCCAGAGAAGUCAUCGGAAACCGUUGUCCACGUGCGGCUACUGGAUGUCAACGACAAUGUUCCCAAACUGACUGAGACCAAGACCUUCCUGUGCAUGCAGAACAUUAAACCUGUCAUCAUCACAGCUGAAGAUGGGGACAGCGACCCUUUUUCCCGUCCUUUCAAUUUCAGCUUCACAAAGAAAUCUGCCAAUUGGAAGCUGAGGCAAAUCGAUGAAUCAUCAGCUGAACUGCAGUUGGUCAAAAAACCCCUCAGAGAAGGAACAUACUCUCUUAAGAUCACCGUUAAAGACAAAGCAGGCAUGGGAGUUCCACAGCUCUUUGAGGUAAAAAUUUGCAACUGCACAUCCAUGGGCUACUGCUACGUCGCACCACAUGGAUUGGACUUUAAACCUCAGAUGGGACUCACUGUCGGGAUCUUCAUAGGCAUUCUGGGAUUCAGCAUUAUCCUCUUCAUCAUAGCGGUCAAGCGCUCAGCUAAAAAGACCAAAAAUCAGGCGGAAGACGGGGAGCAGAAACCCAUGAUGUAAAGAGAAGCAUGUGAAGUUUUAUUUAUAUACUGAAGUGUCACAAAUUACCUUGAAGAAGUUUUGGAAGUUGUACCACAUGCACACAGCCUGUUUUAGCAUUUUUUGCCACAAACCCAAAGCAUGCAUCUAUCUUUAUUUUUUUUUUUGGGUGAGAAUGUUUAGUCGUUAUUGUUUAUAUGUGUUUCUGGUACCUUUUAACAGCAGGAGCUGAUGCCUCACAGACAGCUCAAACAAUUUUAUUCACAGUGAGCAUCUUCACUGCUAAAUAAACAGAGGAAAUCACAGACGCAAUUGAACAAACUUAAAGAAAAUCUUUUUUUUCACUUUCACAUCUUCAGAUGCUGUUUUAUUUCAGCCUUUUUUUAUUCAAACGAUUUAUGAGUGGAGUUUGAUUAUUAGGUGCUGUGCAUGCUAAAUUCACUUGGUAGGCCAGCUGAUCGUUCUCACAGCUUGUUGACUUAAUGUAUUAAAACGACACUGGCUGGUUCAUUAGCAGUUUCAUGGUUUCCUAUGAUUUAAUGUGUUGGAUUUUUUUUUUUUUUUCCACUCACCCAGUGUCUGUAGGUGUUAAGCAACAUGUUAAUGAACAAUUACUGGAUCAUUUUUUUUGUAAAGUGCAGCUACUGCUCUUUUUUCCCAAUUAAACGGAACUUGGGAUUUACUUUGGUUUUCACUUGAUUUUUCUGUCACGUGGUGCUGGAGGUGAUGAGUGACAUAACGCUCAAACAUCCACCUUGAUUCACACAUCUUAACUGUGAUUUCCUCUCAUAGAUUUUACUUUGCUUUUACUGUGGGUCCUGAUACAUCCUCCCCUUGCAAGUCUGUCACUAAGCAUUUGAGGCCACAUCGCAGCCUCACAGAGUGAUGCUCUGAGUCAUCUCUUUGACAGUGGGAGAAGGGUCGCAGAUUGUCAGCUGUGCUGAAAGGAAGAUGGCGUGAUUGUGGGCUUUUAUGCAGCACAAAGAGGGCCCCCAAAUACACAUGUAAGAGAGGGUUAAUACGGGGGCCCACAUGUGCUCCCAAUCCGAUCCAUGUCUCACGUGUGUGAGUUGGUGGACUGCCUGCUGCAGCUUUCAGAAGCCAAAGGACGGAGCCACGACCCGCUGUUUAUGUCUGUGCUCCAUCUGGAUCUGUAUCUCAGCAACACAUUUCCACAACAGAGGAGCGUGAGGAAGUUGAAAGAUUGAGGAACAGUGGCGUGGAAGUGGACAAAACACAGGGAGAGUAAAACGAUGUAUCAGAUCUAAUCCACCCCCACACACAUGCAACAAGGUUUUCUAAGCCGUUGAGCCACCAAAAGAUAUGGGGUUUGUCAUAAUAUAGAAACUCAAUGUUGAUCAUAGCAUUGAAAAUCGAUUUUUCAUUUUAUAGCUGUUUAGAUUAGCAGUUUAUAGCAGCAGAUUGUAGGUUCAAGGUCGCCAUCACAUACAUACACAGUAAGGCAGGAAGACAGUUAACAGGUCUACUUUCACUUCAUCAAGAAAAAAUAUCAAUGUCAGUUGUUCAGUCUUAUAUACUGCCUGGAAUACAUUUAUUCACUUUGCAAAAACUCUCUAAAU